UUCCCUCCGUCACCGGCAAUCCCAGCAUGCGUCGCGGCUUCCCCAGCAGUGUAGCAAAAAAUAGUACGCUAACGAGCGAGAAAGGGAAGCUAGCAUAAGUGGCUAAUUCCACGAGUGAAACGAACUGCCUCCCCGCGAUCGCUAACAUGGCUGACAACGACAACCAGCGACUGAGGAAUUUCAAGAACAAGGGUCGGGAUUUAGAGUCUAAUAGAAGACAGAGGACUGAGGUAGUGGUGGAACUGCGAAAGAACAAAAGAGAUGAGCACCUCCUGAAAAGAAGAAACGUACCCAGUGAGGACAUUUGUGAUGAUUCUGAUGUCGAUGGAGAUUUCAGAUCGCAAAAUACCUCUCUUGAAGCAAUAGUGCAAAACGCCACCAGUGAUAACCAGGGCAUCCAGCUGAGUGCUAUUCAGGCUGCCAGGAAAUUGUUGUCUAGUGACCGCAACCCUCCCAUUGACGACCUCAUCGAGUCUGGGAUCCUUCCUAUUCUGGUCCACUGUUUGGAUAGAGAUGACAACCCUUCUCUGCAGUUUGAGGCAGCCUGGGCUUUGACCAACAUAGCAUCUGGAACAUCUGAGCAGACCCAAGCUGUGGUGGAUUCCCAUGCCGUGCCACGCUUCCUGAGGCUGCUUCAAUCCCCUCAUCAGAACGUGUGCGAACAGGCAGUCUGGGCUUUGGGCAACAUCAUUGGUGACGGUCCGCAAUGCAGAGACUACGUGAUCGGCUUGGGGGUUGUCAAGCCGCUGCUGUCUUUCAUCAGUCCCUCCAUUCCCAUCCCAAUCACCUUCCUUCGCAAUGUCACAUGGGUUAUGGUGAACCUGUGCCGCCAUAAAGACCCGCCACCGCCCAUGGAGACCAUCCAAGAGAUCCUACCAGCUCUGCGUUUGCUGAUCCACCACACGGAUGUCAGUAUUUUGGUAGACACUGUGUGGGCUCUGUCCUAUUUGACAGAUGCUGGGAAUGAGCAGAUCCAAAUGGUGAUUGACUCUGGCAUCGUUCCUCACCUGGUCCCUCUGCUUAGCCACCAGGAGGUCAAAGUCCAGACUGCUGCCCUGAGAGCUGUGGGUAACAUCGUGACCGGAACAGAUGAGCAGACUCAGGCGGUACUCAACUGUGAAGCUCUCAACCACUUCCCUGCCCUCCUGUCACACCCCAAAGAGAAAAUUAACAAGGAGGCGGUUUGGUUUUUGUCAAACAUCACAGCAGGAAAUCAGCAGCAGGUGCAGGCUGUCAUUGAUGCGAAACUAGUACCCAUGAUUAUUCACCUCCUUGACAAGGGAGACUUUGGAACCCAGAAAGAAGCUGCCUGGGCCAUCAGCAACCUCACAAUAAGUGGGAGGAAAGAUCAGGUGGCACAUCUGAUUGAAAAGCAGGUCAUUCCUCCAUUCUGCAAUCUGCUCACAGUGAAGGAUGCCCAAGUGGUUCAGGUGGUCCUGGACGGCCUCAGCAAUAUUCUGAAAAUGGCAGACGACAAAGCUGAAACUAUCGCUAAUCUCAUUGAAGAAUGUGGAGGUUUGGAGAAAGUCGAACAGCUGCAGAAUCAUGAAAAUGGAGAUAUCUACAAGCUCGCAUAUCAAAUUAUUGAUCAGUUUUUCUCAUCUGAUAUCGACGACGACAGCCUGGUCCCCGAACCCAUCCAGGGUGGAACUUAUGGCUUCAACUCCGCCAACGUGCCAGCCGAAGGAUUCCAGUUCUAGACGGCAUCCGGGGGUAUUCUGGAGUUUUGUUCACGAUGCAGCACUCUGUUCAACAUAAACAAAAUUAGGCGAAAGAGAGAGAGAGCGAGCGAAAGAGAGCGAGAGUGUGAGAAAUUUGAUCCAUUGUGCUUGGCUCGUGGGAUCCCAUGGCUGCAUCUUAUCUGAGAGAGAAAAAUGUGUGGAUUUCAUUGGGCGUUCCUGCGGGAACGCAGCCCAAAUGAAGUUUGAGUUGGCGAGUGGGUGCGAGUGAGAAUGAGUGGCUACAUGUUGCAAAAAAAAAAAUAAUAAUAA